UCGGCAGCGGUAACCGAGCUGGAACUUCUCCGAGACGGACGGACUGUGUGUUGUGUUGGAUCUUUAAAAAUGAGGAGAAAUGUGAGGUACAACAGCGGGGAUUACACUUUCUAAAUGGGAAGUUUUGUAGCGGCUCCGGUGGUUUGGACCAUUGAAGAGUUUAUCGUUACACGGUAGAAUCCGAUGAUUUCUGAGAUGAUGUAGAAGACCUGGAGCUCAGAUCUUCAUCCUCACCGCUCAUGGCUAAAGAAGCAGGUUCACGUCACGUUCUCCUCCUCCGUCUCCUCCGCCCUUUUCUCCUGGUGUGUGUGUGAUCCACAGCGCCCAUCAUGACCCACAUGCACAACUACAGCCUGCUCAGCUCAGAGACUGAUAAGCACCAGAGGAAGACACGACCAGGGCAGCUGGACUUUGCAGGCGUGUUUGCUCUUCUGGAGUUGCACAGGGACCCACAGCACCCUUCCACCCCGCUCUCCUUCCUCAGACGCCCUAAUAUUUACAGCUUCGUCUUCGGCUUCGUCGUCCUCUUCCUCAUCAUGGCCUCAUACGUGCUGAGCAGCGAGAGCAAAACGUUUUACAUCACAGCAUCUCCGUAUCACACCAUGAAACCCGGAACCGGGGAGAGAUUUUCAUCAUCCAAAGACUCGGCCCACAUGAGUCAGGUGGUGCAGCGAAUCCUGUCCAAUGUGGAGUUCACGUCCAGGAAGUUACCUGAUGUGAGAACGCUGGAACAGAGUGAGGCACAUAUGUUCUCUGUGAUUCCCGGCCACUUCCUGCCAGCUGUGAAGAAUCCGUGCUGGUACGAGAAUCUGUCGCUGAAUCUCAGCGGAAAUCCGUACAAGAGGAACCUGUACGCCCGCUACUCGCGCCAGUCUCGAGCUUCCUUCGACUUCCUGAGGAGAAGCUUCUGGAAACACGUGUUGCAGUGGCAGGGUAAACUGUACCGACUCCGCUGCCUGCCCUACUUCUACGUCAUCGGCCAGCCCAAGUGCGGCACCACCGACCUGUACGAGAGGCUCCGACUGCACCCGGACAUCCAGGUCAGCUCGCUGAAAGAGCCACACUGGUGGACUCGCAAGAGGUUUGGCAUAAUCCGACCCAGCGACGGCCUUCACACCCGCUAUCCCAUCGAGGAUUAUCUGGACCUUUUUGAUCUUCCAGCACAUCAGAUUCAGGAUCAGAUAUUUACCAACAUGACAGGAAGGGGCGGGACAUCCGAUACUAUUGUUGGCGAGGCCAGUGCUUCCACUAUGUGGGACAACAAUGCUUGGGGCAAUUUCUACACCAACACCUCUGAUGCAGAACCUCCCUUCCUCAUUCAGGACUUCAUCCACGCCCUCCAGCCUGAAGCUCGCUUCAUCACCAUCCUGAGGGACCCUGUCGAAAGGUUGUACUCAGACUAUCUGUACUUUGGGAUCGCUAAUAAAUCAUUGGAGGAUUUCCACGAGAAGGUGUGGGAGUCUCUUCAGCUCUUCGAUGCCUGUCUGCAAGAUUUCAGCAUCAGAGCCUGUGUGUACAACAGCACCCUGAACAACGCCAUGCCUGUCCGGCUACACGUGGGUCUGUACGCCGUCUACGUCCUGGACUGGUUGUCGGUCUUCAGACGUGAUCAGCUGUUGGUCCUGAGGCUGGAGGAUCACGCGGCCAACAAGACCAUCUCCAUGAACAGAGUCUUCCACUUCCUACAGCUGGGUCCUCUAUCGGAGCAGAAGGAGGCCGAGAUCACCGAGCGACCGGCGUCCAACACUCGCAGACUGGCCGAUAAGAACCUGGGUCCCAUGCUUCCGCUCACCCGCCGCGUUCUCACCCAGUUCUACUCUCUGUUCAACAGGGAACUGGCUACUGUGCUGCACGACGACUCCUUCCUGUGGGACACGCACCCUACACACACUUAACACACACACACACACACACGCACACACGUCCUGCACUACGACUGAUACUGACAGAUCCAAUCAGCUUCCUGUGAGGAGUCGCACCAUGUAAAUAAGAUUUAUUUUAUUAAAUUAUGAGUGGGGAUCAAAGCCAAGAGACUCGCGCACUGUUUUAUACGAGGUUUCAUUUUAUAGCUUUUUUUUUAAACAGGAAAAACGUAAAUAAAAUAUAUAAACAAAAACUUGAAA